CAACCGCACCAAACCCAAGCCUGCAAAAACCUAACUUUCCUUUCAAUUUCCCAAAACCGACCAGGCAAAUCAAUCACCAAACCCAACUCUUCCAUUAUCAAUACCCUCAAGCUCAAGCCAUUCUGGGUCUCUUAAAGCUCUGAGCUUUUGUGCUGAAUCGUGAGGAAAGAUUUGAAUGCAGGGUUUUUCUGGAGGUUUAGGAACUGGGUCUGUGACUAACAUGUCGACCGUGUCCAAAGAUGAGAACUUUGCUAUGUCUUCUGAGGAUUCUUGUAGCCCAGAUGAGUCUGACCUCGAGCUCUGUCUUGGGCUGAGUCUCGGCGGUGGCGGGAAGGCCGCCCAGCAAGGCCCAGUUGGGAAUUAUGCUAGGAUUCUGACGGCCAAGGAUUUCCGUUAUGUGGGUUCUAACUCUAAGUCGUCGGCGGCCGCUGCUUCUUCUUCGUCGUCGUCUUCUUCGUUGAGCAGUGCUAAUGUUACGGCUGGGACUAAGAGGAGUGCUGAUUCUGUGGCGGCGGCUAAUGGUGCCAAUCAGGUUGUGGGAUGGCCUCCUAUCAGAGCUUAUAGAAUGAAUUCCUUGGUUCAUCAAGCAAAAUCUUCAGCCACUGAAGUAUUUAACUCGGAGAAAGGUGAAUGCCAGAUUACUUCAGGGAAGGGUAACAUUGGUGGUCAAGAAAACAAUGCAAAUGCUAAGGAGGGAGGACGCCUCACUAGCUCCCUGUUUGUGAAGGUGAAUAUGGAUGGAAGUGCAAUCGGAAGGAAGGUUAACCUAACUGCGCAUAGCAGCUAUGAAGCCCUAGCACAAACUUUGGAGGAUAUGUUCCAGGGACCCUCUGCAAAUGCGAAAUUGAUACGUUCUGGUGGUCAGGAGCAUGAUAUAAUGGUGGGAGAAACUACACCCUCAAAAUUGCUAGAUGGAUCAUUUGAUUUUGCACUCACUUAUGAAGACAAAGAAGGCGACUGGAUGCUUGUUGGGGAUGUUCCUUGGGGGAUGUUUCUUUGUUCUGUGAAGAGGCUAAGAAUCAUGAGGACAUCUGAGGCUAAUGGACUUGCUCCGAGGCUGCAGGAAAGGAAUGCAAGGCAGAGAUGCGCGAGCUGAUACAAAACCAUUUGUCAGAACUUCAGUAAGAAGAUACAAAACAACCUAUGUUUUAAAAUGUACAAAGUGAGUAAAACGUAUAAUUGGAGCAUAUGGAGAAGCAGAGAAGCCAUCGUUUUCUGUUUCAUUUUUGGUUCAUGUGGAAUGUGAUUUCAUUUCUUUCUUGCUGUGCCUUCUCUAGGAGUAUGUCCCUGCUUUUCAAAGCCACAGCUAUCUUAUAUUUUAGUGUAAUACAAAUAUAAUACACAUGCCUUUGAUGAAUUUUUUUGCUGAUGUAUAUAUGGGGGUUACUCAA